GCCAUGCAUAUGCCUUUUCACAUAACUCUCUGAACAUUUUCACAUGACUUCAUAUCCCUUUUAAUUAAUUUUAUAUCAUUUUCAUGCGAACACAAUCCGCCCUGUUCAUCCUGUAAGAUAACAUGUCACAGUUGCUUCUACUUCUUCUUGCGUAGGAUGCCUGCUAUCUCAAGUCCUCAAGGUUGUAAGGCUGUACCUCCUUGACCAAUACACACACACUCAUUGUAACUCUAUAAAAACUGUUAGCUCUCUUUGUCUGCAGAUUCACUCUGUGCAGACCUUUUUGACUGUACCUUGUGCUCUCCUAAUUGCAAUUAGAAUAAACCUUUUUUGCUUAUACUCCAACGACUCAGUGAUCUUUCCUCCUUAUAACGAUUUUUGCCACUACAGCUUGGUGUCAGAAGUGGGAUCGCCCGAGAGUCCGUCGGGAUCGUCGGGACAUCGGGGAUGGCCACCUGAUCUUCAGGAUCAUCCUCUAACUUCCAGUCAAAAUUCAGAGAAGGGAGGACCGAUGUCCUGGGGUCGACUGGCUGGCUCCGGCGCGAUCCCCAACCGAACCUACACUCUCCUGAUUUUGGUGAGAUGUUGAAUUUCCAUUUUCUAAAAAUUGUAUGAUUACUAAUUCUGAUAAUUUUGGCAGUAAUGAUGAAUUGAAUGACAUUGGUAACGUGGUAUUUCUGAGUCUUUGGAGUAAAGCAUUUAGAAUUGGUCUGGUGUACUUUCCGUUCACUAAAACAAUUUACUGCAGUCUAAGAUUUACUCCUACUAAGACCAGGUUAAAAUCCUGUGAAGUAGCUGAGUGUGGUUUUUAUAUCAAGACCAGGUUAAAAUCCUGUGAGAUAUAAAGUUAUAUUAAGACCAGGUUAAAAUCCUGUGAGAUAUAACACAUGGUUUUUAUAUCAAGACCAGGUUAAAAUCCUGUGAGAUAUAAAGUUAUAUUAAGACCAGGUUAAAGUCCUGUGAGAUAUAACAAAAGCAGUUUGAAAAAUAAAAUAAAAACUAAAUAAAUAAAUUGAAUUAAAUAAAAUAACUGAAACUGAAUAAAAUAAAUAAAUUGAAUAAAAUUGAAUAGGUAAACAAUGGGUUCCCGAUGCAGUAAAGCUGAACAAUGUGAUCCAAACAGUCCGAUAAUACAACAAAUGAAAAAGAAAUAUGGCCCUGAAUGUUGUGAAUGCUUGCCAUAUUGGAUAAAAAAAUACAGGUUCCCCAAAGGGGGAUCCCUGAGCAAAAAUCAGUUGGAACAAUUACGAACAAAUUUACAGACAGCAAAAGAUGAGUUGAUGAAAAAAGGCAAAGUUAAAACUGAAAAAAUCAAAGAACUUGAGAAACAUGUGGAAUGUCUGAAUGUGUGGGAGGAUGAAUGUGAGCACAGGGAAAGAAAGCAGGGCUUUAAAACCAUGACACUGUUAAAAGCUGAAGAGGAAUCACAAACAGAUAAAGUUGCAAAAUCAAAGAUUAAAUCCAAGUCUUCUCUGUAUCCUUCUCUAACAGGUCAUGGUGGCGGGCCUCUGAGCAGCGACACUCUCCUCGAUCUGCCCCCCCCCUUCAACCCGCCUGCUGACGCCGCCUCCCCUCAAAGACAGCCUCCUCCAACCCCUCCAGUGACAUCACCACCGACCAGCAGUGCCCCCAGCAGCGCCAGAGACCCACAAUCACCACAGCUGCCUCUGACUUUGACUCCACACCCAGGCCCAAGGCUAGCUCUGUGGGACCCAAACAACCCACUCCCACAGCCUGCCUUCUCCCCAAUCGCUGACCACACUAGGUCCCAUGACAGGAAGGAUGACACCGGCAGGGGAGGAGAAACAUUCACACUCCCAAUGGUCCAAGUGAUGGGACAUGAAGGCGCAGCUGGUUAUGUCUACCGCCCGUGGACUGUAGCCGACCUGCUCCAAGCAGCUGAACACCUCCCUAAAGCCACACAGGGAGGUCAAGUCCUCGGUGACGCAGUGAUGGCCUUUAUCAGAGACUUUACACCAACUUCCAGUGAAAUGGGCCGCGUUAUGAUGAGGAAGCUGUCCGGAGCAGACUUUGCUAAGAUCAGACGACACUUCACUGACCACGUCCAGCCCUCCACCAUUGACUGGCAGACUGCUGCAGAUGGUGAUGGCAGAAAUGCACAGGAUGUUGCAUACAGACGAUGGAUGGAAGGCCUCGUUACAAGCAUCAAAGAAGCUUUCCCUCUUCACAGCGAUCUCUCCAAGGUCAACGCCUGCACCCAGAAAGCUGAUGAGACCCCUGAAGACUAUGUCCACCGACUGCAACAAGUGUUUGAUGACCACAGUGGCAUCCCUAAACCACGUAACUUCCCAGGGGACCAGAUGUCAGCAUAUGAGAGCCUCCUGAAGCAGCAGCUCCUGAAUGGACUUUCAACAGAUGUCUGCCUGGCUGUGAAAGAUUCCUGCAUUGGUCAUAAUGAGUCCUCUGUCCGACUGGCCGACGUGGUAAGACAUGCUAACCACGCCUACAAGCGCUUGCAGGAAAAGACUGAAGCUGAGAAGAAGACAAGGAAAGAUACUGCCCAUCGAGCCCAGCUGCAGCUUCUCCACCAGCAGACCCAGCAACCACAACGUGGACGUGGCCACUACGACCCCAACAUCUGCUUUAACUGUGGUGGGACUGGACAUUGGGCUAGAGACUGUCCCUAUCCCAAAGCCAACCGUGGGCGCGGACGCGGAGGACAUGGGGGACCGCCUGGAGGCGACGGUGGACACCUGAGCCAGACACAGGCCUCAGACUGACCGUCCGGGGGUAAGGUGGAAGGGGGAGGUGCCCGCUGACCAGACGCCCAGCCAACCUGCUCCACAAAAGGGAAGUGAAAACAUGCAGACGUGCACGCUUACACCGCAGCAACAACACAAGAUAUUGACAAAUGCUAUCACUCAUUUAGAGAAAAAAAAAAUAUAUAUAUACAAAGUACAUAUGUUGGUACAUAUGUACAUCUUACUGAUGAUAGUGUGCAAGAAUUACCUACUAUGACUUUUGAAGUCCAAGGCCAAAAUGUUGAUUUCAUUGUUGACUCAGGUGCUACUCACUCUGUUUUAAAAAAAAUCUGUGUUUCCACACAUAAGGUAUAGUGGCAGAAACAUAAUUUUCCAUUGGUGCAUGUGGUAACAGGAUCAGAGAACAGUUCACCAUUCCCAUUUCAUGUGUACAUCCUGUACCUUUAACCAAAAUUAAACACUCUUUUCUCUUCUCUGCUGUCUGUCCUUUCAAUCUGAUGGGACGAGACCUGAUGAUGACUCUGGGAGUGGACCUCAUCUCGACACCAGAUGGCGUUAAAGCCGUGCGGAGAGGCUCCUCCACCUCCCCCCUGCAAAGUGACCCCGUGGUAACGUACCAAUCAGCCAGUUGGCUACCUGAAAACCUGCUCUAUGUUUACCAAUGGAAAAUUCCUAUUGAUGUAGCACAGCCACUGACAGCACGUGCACGUGCACUGGUUAACCCGGCUUCGCAGUUUUUGCGGGCUGAGGCUCUCCACUGCACGUCACACGUGGCUCGUGACCAUGACCUCGACUUUGAACACAUUUUCUUUGCUGACGUCAAUGACAACCUCAUGACUGACACCCUCUACUGGUCGCAGACGAGAUGUGCACUCUCAGUGACGUUGACUGACGAACAGUUACCCUUUUACCAUGUACCAGGUUCACAUCCACACAUUUCACUCUACAAACCAAAUUCUGACCAAUGGAGAGACUUGGGCCCAUGGGUAAAUUUUUGUGCAACUUUUUCCGAUUGGACACAAACUCCUGACCCUGCUGUGAUGUAUUCAUCAAAAGGGGGGGUUUACAAAUAAUUUUGCAAACUCAGUUUCCCCUGCCUCAGAUCAGUGCAUGUACUGAUUGGUGCAGACAGGGUGGAAGGGGAAACUGCUGUGUUACUGUCUGCUACUGAGGUUCACCCUGCCUUAAAGGAAGUCUCUGACUCCUUAUGAGCGAAUGGCAAAUAUGAUGUAGGCCUGAUUAAAAACUGUGAACCUGUUGUUGUUACACCUAAAUCUGAUUACAGGCCCUUUGGAAGCAUAGGGGCUUCCUGAAGAGUGAUGGAGAGCCCAUCCUACAUCACUCUCUCAUUGCUGACCUCCUAGAAGCUGUUUUGUGUGUUGCUGUGUGUAAAUGUGCUGCUCACACUAACUCCUUUGACCCUGGUUCCACAGGAAAUGCACGAGCAGGCUGCGUCUCUUCUUCUGCUCCCCCAGCAGGCACACACACACACACACUCUCUCAGCUCCCUCUCUGUCCCCGACUCACUCUCUGCAGUACAGACUCUAGCCUCUCCUUCUGACGAGAAGCAGUGGCAGUCUGUUUCCCCAUUAUGUUGACACAUGGUCUUGACCAUGUGUCAAAGGGGGGGGAUGCAGGUUAUGAUUGAUCAACAUUGGUUCACUAAAGGUUUUUCAACCUAUGCUCAAAAACAUUGCCAAGCCUGUGUCAUUUGUGCCUACCACCUGGCCAGUGGUGGCGCUGUUGGGUGUGAGAACGGGACAUUGAAGAACAAAUUGGCCAAAUGUUGUGAAGACACAGGCCUCAAAUGGACACAAGCACUCCCUCUAGUGCUUGUGUACAUGAGGAUGCGCAAGCGACCUAAUGCUAACCUCAGCCCUUAUGAGAUUCUUUUUGCAGCUCCUCCCUUUGUAGGUGUGGACGCCCCGAAGUUUCCAGCUCCAUCUACCACACUGUGUGAAGAUGCUAUGCUAAUGUAUUGUGCUAACCUAACCAAACACCUUGCAGACAUUAGGAGACAGGUGACUGCUGCCCUUCCAACUCCAGCCACCAGUCCUAUCCAUCAGCUCCACCCUGGUGAUUAUGUGGUGGUGAAAGACUUCAGGCGAAAGUCCUGAAAGCAUAAGAGGUGGCAGGGCCCAUUCCAGGUCCUGCUGACAACCCAUACGGCCGUGAAAGUUGCUGAGAGGGCCACCUGGAUCCACGCAAGCCUCCAACUUUAAGGUCCCGCCUCCUCCGGACCCUCUGCAAGCCAAGGUUGAGGCGUGCCAAGCCUCCAACUUUAGGGUGAGGUGAAAUAGCGCUCCCCUGCGACAAGAUCAGCCAGAGGUGUAACAAGCGCUCUGACUGCAACACGUGGUGCCAAGCCACUAGUCUAGGCUCUGUCUCUCCCCCCUCUCUCUUCUGUCCACAGAUUUACACACCAACACACUGGACUCUGACACACGGUGUUGAGAGUGUUGUGACUAGCAGGUUGGUUUAGCAACCUGUGACAUCACAAGUGCCAGUCCCAGGCAUACGCAGUUACACUGCUCUCACACCCUACCAUAGUUUUUCCCCUGCGACACCUGAAGAGAGGACCCGGACACACGGUGUUGAGAGUGUUGUGGCUAGCAGGUUGGCUUAGCAACCUGUGACGUCACAAGUGCCAGUCCCAGGCAUACGCAGUUACACUGCUCUCACACCCCACCAUAGUUUCCUUUUGCGACACCUACGGCGUAGGACAGGUGACACAUUUUUUCUUGUUGUCUUGACUUUCUCUUUAGGUUUUGUUUUCAUUUGUCUUUCGUUUAUUGCUUUCUUCCUGAUUCUUAAAGCCCUUAACCUUUAGGCUAUGGAGCGCCACCACCCCUGGCAUCCCUUUCGUGCCCCUGGCCUUUGUGGCCUCCGUGGUACUGUCUGUUGCUUUGCCUGUUCGCUUUCCUUAUAGUGUUCCAAUUCUUCCUGUUUGUUACUUGUGUUGUCCCCCUGCUUAAAGGCUUUGUUUCCUCCAUGUUCACUACUCAGCUCCUUAGGAAUGAACUCAUUCCCUUGCCUGACCCCACCCCACUUCCUCCUGCUUUCCAGUCUGCCCUUGCCUCUGAUGACACUUCUCUGAAUCCUCUUUUGACUCUGACUCUGAUGUUAAUAAUGAUGCUGAUAUGUAGGUUGACUUUAUGCCCCACUGUGCUUUGUUCAUGACACGAGAAGACUGUCCUCCUUAAAAAACAAAAAACAAAAAAAAAAACAGCGUUGCUCUGUCCCUUGAGUCUAUUUCACUGCCAUUAUUGAUGAUGAUUGGUCUUAAACCAGUGUGGAAUGUUCAGUCUGAUACUGUUUAAUGGUGAUUCUUUUGUACAUUCCUUCAUGGGUUUUUUGUUUUCCUUGUUGGUUGUGUUUGAUCUUCUCUCUAGUUGAUCCUUACGGAUCAAAAGGGGGAAAUGUUGUGACAAAGUGCCAUGCAUAUGCCUUUUCACAUAACUCUCUGAACAUUUUCACAUGACUUCAUAUCCCUUUUAAUUAAUUUUAUAUCAUUUUCAUGCGAACACAAUCCGCCCUGUUCAUCCUGUAAGAUAACAUGUCACAGUUGCUUCUACUUCUUCUUGCGUAGGAUGCCUGCUAUCUCAAGUCCUCAAGGUUGUAAGGCUGUACCUCCUUGACCAAUACACACACACUCAUUGUAACUCUAUAAAAACUGUUAGCUCUCUUUGUCUGCAGAUUCACUCUGUGCAGACCUUUUUGACUGUACCUUGUGCUCUCCUAAUUGCAAUUAGAAUAAACCUUUUUUGCUUAUA